AUGCUAUCUGCCAACUUUCCUUUGCCAGGAACAGAACAUGGCAAACGUAUUCUCACAGCAGUGAUAGAACAACGUGCCAAGGCCAGCCCUGCUGAUCCCUGGCUAUCUAUGCCAAUCGACGAUAAAGCAAUAUCCCGUGGCUUUAAAGACCUCACCUUUUGGGACCUGAAUAAUGCUGCCAAUCAUGCGGCGCAAUGGUUGACCCAAAAUCUCCCCCCUGGCGAUCCAUUCCAAUGCUUUGCUUAUGCUGGGCCGAAAGACCUCCGAUAUCCAAUUUUGGCUAUCGCGGCGGCCAAAGUUCAAAAAGUGAUGAUACUUCCAUCUCCAUUAGUCACACCAGAAGCUCAGUUGCAGAUCCUCAACAAGAAAAGCUGUACCCUUUAUCUUAGGCCCGGUGAAACGGCCGACUCUGUGGCUGAAAUUCUGAAAGGGACUUCGAAUAUCAGCUCGAUUUGUGUUCCAACCCUGGAAGCGUUUUUGAACGAUACGAAAGCUAGUCCGGUAAAUUAUGCAAAGUCAUGGGCAGAUGGAAAAGAUGACCCCUGGUUGGUCUUCCAUACCUCUGGGACAACAGGUAUGGCUCUAAUAAAAUCCAAGAUGACCGAAAAUUGGAAUAACAAGGAGAUAGGCAAUCCUAAGCCUAUCACGUAUUCACACGAUAUGAUGGCUGGGGCCGAUAUAGCAGCUUCUUUGUCAAAUAUUGAGGAGUCGCAUAUUCAUCAGUACGCCCAAAGAAGAUGGUACACUCCCCUGCCGUCACUGCACUUCGUUGGAAUGCUUCUGAUUCUGUCUAUGACCACAUUCGUUGAUAUGGUAGCUGUUAUUGGGCCUCCUGGGGUACAACCAUCCCCAGAACUCAUCAUUGAAGUCCUGAGUAGUGGACGAGCCCAAGGUGUACUCCUUCCUCCGGUGCUUAUCGAUGCUAUGUGCCUCUCCCCCGGUGGUCUACAGGCUCUCAGGGACAUGGAGUUUAUCCACUAUGCCGGUGCUCCCUUGUCAGCCAAAUCAGCAGAGCUUCUAAGCCAACAUUCACAGGUGGUGUCAUGUGUGGGUAGUACUGAAGCUGGCGGCUACUUCUCAAUUAUAAAUCCUGACGCUUGGGAUUAUGUUGCUUUUCAAAAACAUGCGGGUGUAGCGCUGGAGAAAAGACUUGGCGAUCUGCACGAGCUCGUGUUCAUUCGUGAUCCCAGUUGUCGGAUGCAACAAAUUUUCAGCGUGUAUCCAGACCAGGAUCGAUUUGAGACAAAAGACUUGUUGCUAGAACAUCCCACUCGAAAGGAUCUCUGGAAGUUCAUUGGACGAAUUGACGACUAUGUGUGCUUAUCCCAUGGCGAGGGCCUGCAUGCAUCGCUUCUAGAGCCCGAAAUCACAGCUCAUCCUGGUGUCAAUAAUUCCAUUGUUGGCGGGAACGGGAGGCAGUCGCCUGUCCUACUCGUGGAACUUAUCAAGGAUACGGAGGGAGAUCUGCCUCGCGAGCAGCUUUUAGAGAGCCUAUUGCCUUAUGUUGAGAGACUCAACUCUAAGUGUCAUGCUUCUGUUCAAAUAUCGCCGGAUAAGAUUAUAUUUGCUCCCAAAGAUAAGCCUUUCGUCACGACAAUCAAGGGGAGUGUAGCAAGAUUGCAGACUUUACAGGCUUAUGAAGAUGAGAUCGCAGCGUUAUACACUUAG